GAUAACGAGCCAAAAAGGGAAGUGGACCGAAUAUUACUUGAUUAGCAGCGCGAAGCCGAGGCGGGUUCAUCAGCCUCAUCUCAGCUGUUCAGGGAGUGUGGUGGUGGUAAACAUUGCUGUGUCUCCUCUUGCAGAUUGCCACCAUCUUUAAACCAUGAGUCGCCGCCAAACUCCAAAUGAGUUUCUGCAGCAGAUUAUUGGACGGCCCGUUGUCGUCAAGCUGAACUCCGGUGUUGACUACAGAGGUGUUCUUGCUUGUCUUGAUGGCUACAUGAACAUUGCACUGGAACAGAGUGAGGAGUACCUGAAUGGGCAGCUCAAGAACAAAUAUGGAGAUGCCUUCAUCAGAGGAAACAAUGUCCUCUACAUAUCCACUCAGAAAAGAAGAGGAUAAUCUGAUGAUCAUAAUUUUAUACUAAUAGACAUUUAAGUUGUAAGAUUUAAUUAUGCUGCCUGUAUGCUUUACAGGAUAUAUUGCUUAAGGCCUCCAUCUACUUUUAAGUUUCUUACCAAGCAUGAAAAAUGUUUCCGUAAAUUUUAGAUGGAAACUUUUGUAUGUGGGUGUUUGAUUUGUUCCCUGUGGCUGGUUAAUAUUAAUUGAGCACCAUAACAUGAAAAAAAAAUGUAAUCCUUUUGGCAAACAGGAUGUAUUCAUAAGACUGAAUGGAAGCUGUUUGAAAUGUGUUGUGUUUCUUGUUGUGAAGUACAGAGGAAUGCAAAACACUCAUGCAGUGCUGGAAUAAAAUGUUAUGAAUA